UGACGCGGCGCUGCCAUCCCCGCCCACCGUCCUCCCGCCGGACCCCGUUCCUCCGCUGGACGACUUGGGCCACGAUGGGCUCCGACAUGGAGCCGCUGCUCCUGGCCUGGAGCUAUUUUAGGCGCAGGAAGUUCCAGCUCUGCGCUGAUCUGUGCACGCAGAUGCUGGAAAAAUCCCCUUACGAUCAGGCAGCUUGGAUUUUAAAAGCACGAGCUCUAACUGAAAUGGUGUACAUAGAUGAAAUUGAUGUCGAUCAGGAAGGAAUUGCAGAAAUGCUUCUGGAUGAAAAUGCAAUUGCUCAGGUUCCACGCCCUGGAACAUCUUUGAAACUCCCUGGAUCUAGUCAGACGGGAGGGCCUAGUCCAGCUAUCAGGCCAGUCACUCAAGCAGGAAGACCCAUUACAGGCUUCCUCAGGCCCGGCACACAGAGCGGAAGGCCGGGAACCAUGGAGCAGGCCCUCAGGACGCCCAGAACCACGUACACAGCACGCCCCAUCACGGGCUCUUCGGGAAGAUUCAUCAGGCUUGGGACGGCCUCGAUGCUUACAAGUCCUGAUGGACCAUUUAUAAAUUUAUCUAGACUGAAUUUAACAAAAUAUUCCCAGAAACCUAAAUUGGCAAAGGCUUUGUUUGAAUAUAUCUUUCAUCAUGAAAAUGAUAUUAAGACGGCUUUGGAUCUGGCCGCCCUUUCCACGGAACAUUCUCAGUACAAGGACUGGUGGUGGAAAGUACAGAUUGGAAAAUGCUACUACAGGUUAGGAAUGUAUCGUGAAGCAGAAAAACAGUUUAAAUCAGCCCUGAAGCAGCAGGAAAUGGUAGAUACAUUUCUCUAUUUGGCAAAAGUUUACAUGGCGUUGGACCAACCUGUAACUGCUUUAAACCUUUUUAAACAAGGCUUAGACAAAUUUCCAGGGGAAGUAACCCUGCUCUGUGGCAUUGCCAGGAUCUAUGAGGAAAUGAACAAUAGCUCCUCAGCAGCGGAAUACUACAAAGAAGUGCUGAAACAAGACAAUACUCACGUGGAAGCCAUCGCGUGCAUUGGCAGCAACCACUUUUAUUCUGAUCAGCCAGAGAUAGCGCUCCGGUUUUACAGGCGACUCUUGCAGAUGGGCGUUUAUAACUGCCAGCUUUUAAACAAUCUAGGGCUAUGCUGCUUUUAUGCCCAGCAGUAUGAUAUGACUCUGACCUCGUUUGAACGUGCCCUUUCUCUGGCAGAAAAUGAGGAAGAGACGGCCGAUGUCUGGUAUAACGUGGGACACGUAGCUGUGGGCAUAGGAGAUGUGAAUCUGGCCCACCAGUGCUUCAGGCUGGCUCUGGUCAGCAACAACCAUCACGCUGAAGCCUACAACAACCUGGCAGUGCUGGAGAUGCGGAAGGGCCACGUCGAACAGGCAAGAGCACUAUUGCAAACUGCGGCGUCUUUGGCGCCCCAUAUGUAUGAACCACAUUUUAAUUUUGCGACGAUAUCUGAUAAGAUUGGAGAUCUACAGAGAAGUUAUCUUGCUGCCCAGAAAGCAGAAGCAGCGUUUCCUGAUCAUGUGGAUACACAACAAUUAAUCAAGCAGUUAAAGCAGCAUUUUGCUAUGCUCUGAUUGUUCCCGAGAGCAAGUAUGUUCUUAUGGAAGGACAUUAUACAGCAGAGAGAAUGUGUGUGCAUCUAUAUCUUAAUACCUGCGACGCGGAAGGUGUAUAGGAGAGUUUUCACUAGAAUGUAUAAGGAAAACUUCGCAGCAAGAAAAUUUUAUAAAACAACAUUGUGAAAUACAGGAUUAAAGUAUUUACAAAUAGAUCAUGGAACCGCUCACAAUGUAUGGUAAAUGUUUGUAUUCACCAUAUUAUAUUUACCAUAUUAAUGAUUUCCUCAACUUUUCGUAAGUGUAGAUUUGUAAAAUCUAUAAGCACCAGGCAUCAUAUCACUUAAGAAGUCUGGACUCUGCCUUUAAAACCAAUAGUGUGUCUUUAUCCUACGUAGAGAAGAAAAAUUAUUUUUCAAGCUUUUUAAAUCAAAUACUUGAAAAAAA